AUGAAGCCACCGGCUGACGCUGCCCCGCCUAAGCGUGUCGUAAAGCGCAAGCGCAAGAUGCCAACAGACGCCGAUAAAUAUGCCGCCGAAGAGCGUGAAAUUAAGCAGCGUCUGAAGGAACGAGCUGGUAGCAGUCGGCAGAAAAAGAUGGCCGAUGGCGAGACCGCAAAUGCCGUACUGAAGGUCGGCACAAGCGGAAAGGUUUCCGUCGAAAACGCAGAAUCUCACAACCGCGUCGUUUCGCAUGCAAAGACGCGACAUGUCGCACGUCAAUAUCAGUUGGAGAUCCGCAAGGAUUCCGUCAAUUCGAAAUUCAAAUGCGCAGCGUGUGGAAAGGGAGCUUGUGAAGGUGAACUCGGCGACCUCUUCGGCCCGUAUUACAUUGAAAUUCAAUCACUCAACCAAUGGCCGAUCUUUUUGGCCAAGAAGCCCCAUAAGGCCUGGACCACCCCUCAAAUGAUUGACGCCUGGUUGCAUGGUGAUUGUGCUCUGCGUCUUCCGGAUGUAUUUCUCAAGGGCGGAGAGCUAUUGAACCUUGCUACAGCUCUAAACAAGGCUUGGUCGCAAAAAUGCGACGCCUGCCACGUCACCGGCGCUUCCGUCACGACCCCGCACGGCACUUUUCAUUACCCUUGCAAUGAAAAUGUU